AUGGCUGAAUCGUCGACAGUCAUUUCCAAUACCAAUGCCUUGAACAAGUUCAUCAACCUUGACCAGAAGGGUUGUAUAAUGGCCGAGUACAUCUGGAUCGAUGCUCUUAGUAAUAUCCGUGGAAAGACCAAGACCCUCUUCAAGGAACCAUCCGGUCCCGAGGACCUCCCAGAAUGGAACUUCGACGGCUCGUCCACCGGACAGGCCCCAGGCGAUAACUCGGACGUUUACCUCAGACCCGUCGCCAUCUUCCCAGACCCAAUCCGCAAGUCACCAAAUAUUCUCGUCAUUUGCGAGACCUGGAACCCAGACGGCACCCCAAAUAAGUACAACUACCGCCACGAGUGCAACAGGAUCAUGGAGGCCAACAAAGAUCAGAAGCCAUGGUUCGGUCUUGAGCAAGAAUACACUCUUUUCGACACCAACGGUUGGCCAUAUGGCUGGCCAAAGGGUGGUUUCCCGGGUCCACAAGGUCCAUACUAUUGUGCCGUCGGUACUGGCAACGUCUACUGCCGUGAUAUUGUCGAGGCUCACUACAAAGCCUGCCUUUACGCCGGCAUCAAGAUCUCUGGUAUCAACGCUGAGGUUCUACCAUCCCAGUGGGAAUUCCAGGUCGGUCCCUGCCUGGGUAUCGAGAUGGGUGACCACCUCUGGGCUGCCCGUUAUCUCCUCCACCGUGUCGCUGAAGAGUUCGGUGUCAAGAUCUCCUUCCACCCCAAGCCAAUCCCAGGUGACUGGAACGGCUCUGGUCUCCACACCAACGUCUCCACUCAAUUGAUGCGCGAGGAGGGUGGUAUGAAGCACAUUGAGGCUGCCCUUGAGAAGCUCUCCAAGCGUCAUAAGGAGCACAUCGCUGUUUAUGGUUCUGACAAUGAACUCCGUCUCACUGGCAAGCACGAGACUGGUUCCAUCGACUCUUUCUCAUAUGGUGUUGCCAACCGUGGUGCUUCGAUCCGUAUCCCUCGUGAGUGCGCCCACAAGGGUUACGGAUACUUCGAAGAUCGUCGACCAUCCUCCAACGGCGACCCAUACCAGAUCACCGGCAUCAUGAUGGAGACCAUCUGCGGCGGUGCUCCAUCCGAGUAA